AUGAGCAGACACGUCCUCAUCCUCGGCGGCCACGGCAAGGUCUCGCAGUUCCUCACCCCGCUCCUCCUCAAGAAGUCGUGGACCGUCACGAGCGUCAUCCGCGCCCAGGAGCAGGUCCCCGCCAUCGAGAAGCUCGGCGCCGGUCAGGCCGGCAAGCUCAACGUGCUCGUCCGCAGCAUCGAGGACGUCUCCGACCAGGCCAAGGCCCAGGCCAUCCUCGACGAGGUGAAGCCCGACACCAUCGUCUGGAGCGCAGGUGCCGGUGGAAAGGGAAACCCCGAGAGAACGUUCGCCAUCGAUCGCGACGCCGCCAUCUACUUCGUCAAGGCCGCCGUCGCGACCCCCUCGAUCAAGAAGUUCAUCCUCGUCUCCUACCUCAGCUCCCGACGGACCAAGCCCACCUGGUGGUCUGAUCAGGCCUGGCAGGACGCCCAGGAGGGCAACAAGAAGCUUGCCAACUACUUCCAGGCCAAGGUUGCCGCCGACGAGGUCCUCUGGCAGGAGUCUAAGAAGCGCGCUGAUUUCUCCGGCGUCAGCCUGCGUCCGGGCGCGCUGACCGAGGCGCCCGCCGGCAACGUCGAGUUCGGCAGGACAAAGGGCGUCAAGGGCUCGUCGAGCAGAGAAUCCGUCGCCGAGGUCGCCGCCCUCAUCGCCGAGAACGACGCCUUCGCGACGUCAUGGGUCGACCAUCUCGACGGCGAUGAAGACCCCAAGGCAGCCGUCGACAGGGUUGCUAGAGAGAAGGUGGACGUCGCCGAGGGCGAGGAGUUCUACAAGGCUUGA